AUGGGAGGAGAACAUGAGAGUAAAAUUCUGAUACCAGGUGAAAGAAUGGAAUUCGUUGAUGUGACGAAGGAAUUGGGUAAGGAGCUAGAUUUAUAUCAUUAUUUCAAAAAAACUAUUAUUGGCCUCUAUGUCCGAUUUAUCAUGUAUGAUAAGAGGUACGAGCCAGCUCUUUUAGAUAAGAUAAUGCAAAUUAAGGAUCCAGAUGAGAAAUAUAAACAAAUAGAUGAUUACGUACAAAGAAGGCCAAAUCAUGACUUAAGGAUUUCGUGA